AUGGCUGCCUUAGUAGAAGAUGAUAGUGAAGCUAUUCCCCAGCAAGCAAUCAACAAUGAGCCGAGCCUUUCGGUGGCCCAACUUGAAGGAUAUCAGUAUGAGGAAUACAUGAGCCGUAAUAAUAACAUGGGGACAACACUAGUUGUGCAAUGUGGAUCCAUCGUAGUUGCAUCAGUGGCACCCCCAAUCAAGUGCUGUAUCUCCCUAGCUGAGCUGCUGAAUGUUGAUCAAGAAGAGUUGCCGAAUGGUGAUCAAGAAUAG